AUGGAUAUCCAGCGCGUGCAAAUACAAAACCAAGAUGCUGCGUUUGAGUAUGCGGAUCCUAUGGCUUCGCUAGAGCUCCUCGAUAUACAUGCGCACGCGCAGAUGAAGCGCGAACUCUUUUCCGCCGCGAGCCAGGGCGCCGAAGGUGAGCUUCGCAUCACACUGCCGGAUAGCGUACGGCCAGAGCCGUUAGCCUCUGGUGUCCCGGCAUCAGAGGGCGGGGCCACGGAAGAAGAGUUUGCAAUGAUCACUAUACGGAUUGACUAUGUGCUAGAAGAUGCACAUGAAGCGGUUCAGGUGGUUCGUCCCUCAGCCGAUGCGCCGUAUCGCGUGCCUCAUAUGUACACGCGGCCCUUAGGAAUGAACAGUUCGCGCUGUUGGGUGCCGUGCAUUGAUUCGUUGUGGGACCGUUGCACAUGGGAGCUCGAGUUCGUCGUACCCCGGCGGCUUUCGGUGGAUGCCGGCGACUUGGACGACGAUGCUCCUGAGGUGUUUGUCGUUUCGUCCGGUGAGCUCACUGAGCAUGCUGUGCACCCGCAUGAUCCUGACAAGUCGGUCUUCUACUACACACAGCAGGUGGCCACGUCCGUGCAACAUGUGGCCUUCUGUGCGGGGCCAUUUGUCUUGGCGCGGCUCUCGCCCGCAGGCUCUGGCACCUGCGAGGCUUUGGCUUUCUGUCUGCCUGAGCAUGAGCACGAGCUGCGUUCCACAACACAGUUUGCUUGGCAGGCCAUCGAAUAUAUCAGCAGUGUGUACGGAUCAUACCCUUUUGGUUCCUUCAAGCUUGUGUUUGUGGAUGGCGCGUUGGUCGACUGUCAUACGGCGAGUACGCUGGCCGUAUGUUCGAGCGAUUUGCUUCAUCCACCGUCCGUGAUAGACCAAGCGUUCGAGAACCGACACAUCCUAAGUCAUGCUGUCGCGUUCCAGUGGGUUGGCAUUAACAUUGUGCAGAAGACCUGGGCCGAUACGUGGUUAAUUCAUGGCUUGAGCCAGUACCUGGCGUCCAUGUUCUUGCGCUGGCUUCUUGGUAACAAUGAAUACCGCUUCCGCAUGAAAAAAGACUGUGAUCGCUUGUGCCUGUGGGACAUUGGCAUGCCGCCGUUGUACCAGGUGGGCCGUGAAGAACCACUGGACCCCCAGCUACUGCCAUUUGUGAAUCUGAAAGCGCCACUUGUCCUUUACCUUCUGGACCGCCGGCUUUGUAAGAUGGGAGCAUCGCUUGGUCUGGGCCGUGUAAUCCCGAAGCUGUUCCUGCAGGCAAUCACGGGCGAAAUGACACAGAAUGCACUAAGGCACUCACAGCUUUUUGCGCACGUGCAAGAAGGUCAGUGGGGCCGAUCUCCGGCUCUUUGUCGAUCAAUGGAUCAACGGGAGUGGCUGCCCGCGCUUCUUGUGCCCCGCGACCUUUAA